UGGAAUGUCCACCUAGUUAUUGCUGUGCUGUUGCUGAGUCCUUCUCUUCCUGGCCAGGUCACCUCCUCUUGCCAGGCCCAUCUCAGAACUUGUGCCAGCACCAGCGGGGGACAUCCGGCUGCAGGUCUCUGAGAUCAUCCUGGCCUUACUCCUUGCUGGCUGUAAAGCCAGGAGUGGUGGGAGGAGGAGGGGACCAAGGCUGUGCCUUCUGGGGAAGCAGUUGGGGUGCCAGGGACCUGGUGCAGGGCAGUCCCCUGCCCAUUCCCCCGGCAGCUGCCUUUUCCAGCCAUUUCCUUGUGCUAGUUUGUCACCUAGGAGCCUCCCUACCUCUCAAAAGGGAACAACACAGGCAGGUGAUCAGGGGACCAGGCAGGGCUUGGCCCAGCUGUGGGCAGCAGCAUGAGGUUUAAAGUAGGACCUGGGGAUACUUGAAGAAGUCAUUAGGGCCUGGGAUGGGCACUGCCUCCCUUCUUGUGGGCAACAGGGCUGGCCCAAGGGUCAGAGAAGGAGGUGGUCGGCCAGGUUCCUAUCACCGCUUCACCAGCAUGCUGAGUGGUGCCCAGGUGUUUGUUUCGCCAAAGCCUCGUCGGAGGGAGGGUAGGCUCCUGGCAUUUGUGGAGCUUGUUGCAUUCCUGGAGGACGAUCUGGGAGAAGAGCCAGGCACUGCUGGCCGGCAUCCAGGUCUGGGCUGGAUUACUUGGCUGGGCUUGCCCAGAGCGGCGGGCCCCACCUUCCACCAUCCCAUGCCUGAGGGACAGGGCAAGAGGUCACAGAGGACGGGGUGUUUCCAGUGGAGCAGCAGGCACAGCCCGGGCCCCAAAGCAGGCUGUGUGAUGGGAGUUCCACUUCUUGCAGACCCCAUGCCUGUGUGUGGGUCCAGGAGAAUGCAGCCCAGGUGACCAGGCAUUGAUGCACCCCCAGGAAGGCCACGUGCUCAAGGAGGCUGCCCCCGCUGGCUACUGCUCACAUGGUGUCUGGGCCCCUGGCACUCCGGUGGUACACGUGGGCAGGGCGCAGGGACAUGGGGCCCGAUAUGGAGCUGCCCAGCCACUCAAAGCAGCUCCUGCUGCAGCUGAACCAGCAGAGGACCAAGGGCUUCCUGUGUGACGUCAUCAUCAUGGUGGAGAACUCCAUCUUCCGGGCCCACAAGAACGUCCUGGCUGCCAGCAGCAUCUACUUCAAGUCCCUGGUCCUGCACGAUAACCUCAUCAACCUGGACACAGACAUGGUCAGCUCCACAGUGUUCCAGCAGAUCCUGGACUUUAUCUACACUGGCAAGCUGCUACCCAGCGACCAGCCAGCCGAGCCCAACUUCAGCACUCUCCUCACUGCCGCCAGCUACCUCCAGCUGCCGGAGCUGGCAGCCCUCUGCCGCCGCAAACUUAAGCGAGCUGGUAAGCCUUUUGGCUCUGGGCGGGUGGGAUCCGCUGGCAUGGGGCGGCCCCCCCGCAGCCAGCGGCUAUCCACUGCCUCUGUCAUCCAGGCCCGAUAUCCCGGGCUUGUGGACGGGCGCAAGGGGGACCAUGCCCCCCAGGAGCUCCCCCAGGCCAAAGGCUCAGAUGAUGAACUCUUCCUGGGCAGCUCUAACCAGGAGAGUGUGCAUGGCCUGGGCCGGGCUAUCUGCCCAGCCAGUGGGGAGGCGGGCCUGGGGGGCUGCAGUAGCAGCACCAACGGGAGCAGCGGGGGCUGUGAGCAGGAGUUGGGCCUGGACCUGUCCAAGAAAAGCCCACCCCUGCCUCCUGCUACCCCUGGGCCCCACCUCACCCCUGACGACCCAGCCCAGCUUAGCGACAGUCAGCACGGCUCUCCCCCCUCGGCCUCUGCCCCUCCUAUUGCCAACAGUGCCUCUUACUCUGAGCUGGGGGGCACCCCUGAUGAGCCCAUGGAUCUGGAGGGGACCGAGGACAACCAUCUGAGCCUCCUGGAGGGGUCUGGCGGGCAGCCGCGGAAGAGCCUCCGGCACUCGGCCCGUAAAAAGGAGUGGAGCAAGAAGGACCCGGCAGCUGGCUCCCCCUUUGAGCGGAGAGAGGCGGGGCCCAAGGGCCCCUGCCCCGGGGAGGAGGUCGAAGGGCUUGGGGACAGGGUUCCCAACGGCAUCCUGGCCAGCGGGAGUGGCCCCAGUGGGCCCUAUGGCGAGCCCCCAUACUCCUGCAAGGAAGAGGAGGAGAACGGCAAGGACGGCAGCGAGGACAGCGGGCAGAGCGGGAGCGAGGGUGGCGCCCACUACCUGUUCCGGCAGGAGGGCUACGAGACUGUUCCCUACGGGGACAACCUGUACGUGUGCAUCCCCUGCGCCAAGGGCUUCCCCAGCUCGGAGCAGCUCAACGCCCACGUGGAGACGCACACGGAGGAGGAGCUGUUCAUCAAGGAGGAGGGCGCCUACGAGACGGGCAGCGGUGGCGCCGAGGAGGAGGCCGAGGACCUGUCUGCGCCCAGCGCUGCCUACGCCGCCGAGCCCCGGCCCUUCAAGUGCUCCGUCUGCGAGAAGACCUACAAGGACCCUGCCACGCUGCGGCAGCACGAGAAGACGCACUGGCUGACGCGGCCCUUCCCCUGCAACAUCUGCGGCAAGAUGUUCACCCAGCGCGGCACCAUGACGCGCCACAUGCGCAGCCACCUGGGCCUGAAGCCCUUCGCCUGUGACGAGUGUGGCAUGCGCUUCACGCGCCAGUACCGCCUCACGGAGCACAUGCGCGUGCACUCGGGCGAGAAGCCCUACGAGUGCCAGCUGUGCGGGGGCAAGUUCACCCAGCAGCGCAACCUCAUCAGCCACCUGCGCAUGCACACCUCCCCCUCCUAGAAGCCAAAGACCCGGGGCGCCCCCAGACUCGCCCCUCGGGAACCCACAGGAGGAGGCCAAGGAGGAGGCGCGGGACCGGGCGGCGGGCCGUGGAGGCCCCUCCAGCCCAGCCUGCCCCCACCCAGAGCUUUAAUCUUCAGUCUGUACCAAGUGGAGCCGAGAGGAGGGAAGCCGGGGCGCCCUGCCUUCUACCUCCCCAUCCCGUCCAGGCCUCCCGCUUCCUGCCAAGGCCGCCUCAGGGCCCCUGGGCAUGGGUUACGUGGGCCUCUGGGACCUAGUCCCUUUGCUGCAGGCCGGCUUGGAGAAGGGAGAGCCCCUGUGCAGUUGAGGGGCAGGGCUGCCGAGGCUGGGGCCGUGUUUGUGUGCGUGCACGUGUGCUUGUGCUGUGUCUGUGCGGCCUGCAGGCCCUGGCUCACCGGGGAGCAGGUGCUGGGGGGAAGAUCCUUCCCCGCCUCGAGCCAGGGCAGCACUGCUCGCUGGCGCUGGGACAGUCAGGGUGACCCCACCGCCUACCUCUCUACAACUAAAGAGCCCUCUGGGCCUAUGUUGCUGUUAAUUUCUACUGAUCUGUUCUUUUGUUUUUCCUUUUUGAUUUUUGUUUUUUUAAACCAAAACAAACAAUAGUAUAUUUUGUUCCUGGCCUCCCUGGAGCUGAGCCUGGUCUGCAGACUGAAUGUAACAGGGGCAGCCGUCCCUCCCUGGUGUCCUCCCCUGGUGUCCUCCGGCCCAGUGCUGUGGGGUGCACGGCAAGCCCGCCUCUCCAGGCCCCAGAAGCCCUUCUUGCCCAAAGGCUUCCUUGGUCCCCAAGCCCUGCCUCGGCUGCCUCAGGAGAGAGAAUGCUUUUCCUAUAGUUUCUAAGGAAUAUUCUUUGUUUAGAGGUACUUGUUUUUUAAGAGAAAAACCAGUGUAACAUUUAUGUGACUAUUUGAACUGGAAGGUCUGGGAUUCCGGGGGUGGGAGGAGGCCAGGACCGUCGGUACUCUCGUUUUCAUUCUCCGUGAGCGUGUGUGCGUGUGUGUUUGUGUGUGUGUGGUGUGCGCCGAGUGUGUGGACAGAUGUUUCGCUUUCCCGCCUUCCUCACUGAACAAGGUAGAGAAACUUCUGACCUUUUGCUACCUCUUGAAUUCAUGACAACAAUUCACUGGUGACUGACUGGCCUCGACACUUUUGUUUUCCCGAUUCGUGUGCCCAGGAAGCCAUUUGUGGGAGCUGGCCAGGCUCAGGCUGAUCCGGGCAGCCCUCCUGGGCCCCGAUACCCAAAGGGACGCCUGCAGCUCAUGUGUGCUUUUCCCUGUGAGCAUCUCGGCAGGGGUAAGGGGUGUGAGCCCCCAACAUGAGGCCAGGUGCCAGGCACUGAGGACAGAGCAGCCACGAUGGGGGCCAGCUGUUUGCAGUCCCUUGUCAGGGCUAGGAUGAGGUGGAAGUGAGCCCCCCCCAUCCUGCCCACCCCCCAGUGCCUGCAAGAGGUUGAGUUUGAGAAAGCAUCAGCCCAGCCUGGCCAGGGAGAAGGCGGGAGGAGCCACCUGGGGCCACGUUACCCCCUGUGGAGUGGGAUUGGCACCUCUCUGAGCAGUCUAGGAGAGGCUGGGCACCACUUGUGGGCUCAAGGUCCCACCUCUCUCGCACCCUCACAUUCUGUAGCCGAGAUCUGGGCUCACAAGGCCAGACUGAAGUCGCUGUGCUCAGUCCUGCUGUCCUUGGCCAGCUGGAGCCCCGGGGCUGGGCUAGCAGGCUUUAUCCUCUUUAUUUUUGCUUCAUGCUUUUCUUUCUUUUCGUUUUCAUUCUAUUUUAAUUUUAGACCAAAAAUUUCCAGAGUUAUCCCCUACCCUCACCCCUCCAAGAGACCCUCCAGCUGAAACAGAGCCUGAGUUCAGGGACCGAAUGGUGAGCAGGAGUUUUGGGAGUGAGGGAGCUUGGGCCACUCCAGGGCUCCUGGCUGAGCCCCCCAUGUGGCCACCCUAUCCCUGACACAGCCUCUCUUCCCUUUGGGUGGGAAAGGGAGUGCUGGACCCCAGAUCUUGAGUUCCAGCAAGUCAGGCUAGGGACCCAGUGGAGGAGACCCCAGUGGAGGAGACCCCUGGGCUACACCCCCCCAGUAAGGGGCAGGGUAUUCCAGGCCCCUGUUCUCCCAACCCCACCCCGUUCCAUCAGCACUUAAGCCACACGACACAAAGUCUGUACCGCACGGGACUGUACACGUGCCUCGCGUGCGCGGCCUCCUGGGCCGUGGGCAGCCACAUCUGUGAGGUGACUCGUAAAGUAGGUGAUUCCUUUGCAGAACUUCAGGGACUGGGAGCAAAGGCCCCCUCACUCAACGACGUUUGUGCGACAUAGUAUUGUACCCACCUUAGUAUUGUAUCGAGCCUUUUCUGUAUUUUAAUGAGAAAGCAAAACACUAGUUUCCUAUUUAAGAUUUUAAGGGUUUGUGGGGUGGGAUGGGGCUAACACAACACCGUUUUGUUUUCUGUUCCUUUGAUUUCUUGUCGAGCGCAUGCUUGUGAGUGUGUGUGUGCAGAUGUCAAGAGCCUCACGAGAAAAUUGGGCCGUUGGAGUCCAAGGUGGCUUACAGUUCUCUGCUUUAGUCACUUAAUUCCUGAAUGUUUCGGAGAAACAGGAAACAGAAAAUAGCAGAUGUCAUGUAGGAAAGAUAAAGAAGGAAAAAAAGAGAAAAAAAAGCUCAUACCCAAAUUCACAAAACCUAUUUUUUAAACCAAAGCACAUUUUGAAUGAGUAUGGAACCUCAGUGGGCUCAGAAAAAGAUACUAAUAUAUUUAUCUCAUUGUUUACAUAAGCUUUUACAGUUUCAGACCUCAGCAGCUACGAGGCCAGUCCCAGGGAAUCCUCACCUCCUGCUGGAUACCUUUGCGAGUUGCCCUAGAGUGGCUCACGGACAGAGAGGCAGCCCUGGGGGCUGGGGAAGGGGCUGGAAGCCUCCCUGGGUUCACCUGAACCCUCAUCUCCAUUCCCAGGGCCUCUCCAAGCCCAGCUGGCACCAAAGAGCUUGGGCCCGUGCUGACCAGCCCCCAAGGCCUCCUGGCUGGACCAUAGUAGUCCUGACCAGCUGGUGUACUGGGGGUGGCUGUCAGUUCUGGCCACAGGACCUGAGUCUGGGCUUGGGUCCCUUUGCUGCUCUGCCCGUGACCCUCAGGAUGGGUUGAUGUGAGGGUCCCACUCAAGCCAAAAAGCCGGGACCUUUGCACAGCUCAGGCGACUCCGGGGAGUCCCCUCCCCUGGGGAGUCCCCAUCCCUAUCCCAGGCAGUGGAAGGUGCUGACUGGGUCUGGUUCUUUCCAACACAGACGGUGCAAACACUCUUAACAGUGUUGUUUUUGUAUCAAUAUGUUUGUGCAGUGAUGAAUGUAUUUAUUUCUCAGACUUGGGGCGAGCGAGUGGCAGGCCAGGCUCCGCCACCGCACGUUCCCAUGCGCCAGGAUUGCAAAAAAGGAAAAAAAAGAAAAGAUGAACCUUUAAGCAAAUAAGAAACUCAGAGACUCACAGCAUAGCCAUACACCUCAGCCUGUGAAAUGAACAGUCCGAACCCACGCUGACUUCUCCCACCUCACUCAGCUGUGUGCGUUUCCCGUUCGUCACCACUUGGGGGCGCUGGGCCGCCUGCCUGCUCCCCCACCCAUCAGUAUUCUCUGGUCCUCAGGCCUCUGUGCAGGAGUGCGAUCUGGGCUGGGCCGGGGCAGGCGGACCCCCACCUGUCCCCUGUGGCUGUCCUGAGUCAGGUGGGGCCUGGUCAGCCUCAAGGCCAGGGCUCAGGGAGUGGGAGGCUGCAUCCGUCCACCCCCCAGGCUUGGGGGAUAGAAGCCAAGGGCGCCAGGCCUUAUAAGAGCAGACAAGGGCUCUCUCCGCCCUGCAGUGCUCCCCCUACCCCACGUGAAGGGACCAGGGUCCUAUUGCCCAGAAUCACGUUGGGGCAGACCUUGAACCUGUGAAUUGGAUGCCGGGAGUUAGGGGAUGGGAGGACCUAACCAGAGCCUCAGUCUGACAUUCCAAGCUGGGGGUGGAUGUGAGCUGUGGGAAUUGAGGCUGCCCAGGACCUCCUUCCUCAGAUGCCCCAGCUUCAGUCACCCCACUUUAAUUUUCUAUCAGGAACCUCUCCCCCUACCUCACCUUGCUAUUUAUUGCUGUAAUUUAUUGACCUCAAAAAUGCUGCAUAACAGACCUCACUCAGGCAGGGAGGUUCCCCAGGGCUCCCCCCUCCACUUGGCGGGACCCCAUGGGGCCAGGUGCUGAGGGGAGCCUCUCUGUCCCCCACCCAUCACUAGCUUCCCCCCACUUCCCGGGGGAGCCCCUGGUUGGGAACUGGCUCAUUCUUGCAAAUACCUCGAGGGGGAGGGGGGAGGGGGGUUAUAACUGUUUUGUUCAAUUGGAACUGGAAGAGGGAUCAUGUCCUGUUUUACGCCCUUCCCAGAAAAGGGGAGGGGUACCAGGAUCGCACUCCUGUACUGGCCACUGUCACUCGUCACAUUUUGGAUAAUUCAGGUCAGAGCUGCAAGCACGCAGCCAUCCAGUGUCGUAAGAAAGGCGACUCACCAUGACUGACCUCUCCACUCAGAAGCGUCCAGUCUUAAUGUACAGCGAUGAGAAACUGUUAUUUUAUGAUCUUUUCAUUAAAAGCUUGGUUGAAAACUAGCAAA